UUUGACUAAAUACAUACAAGUUGAUUUCAUGUUCGAUGUAUUAAAUAUUUGGUAUCAAAUAGAUGUUUUGUUCUGAGAUUCUGAGAUCCCAUUUAUUCGAUUAACAAAAAAUCGAAUAAUUGUUUUCAUUUUCGCACAUUCAAAUGUUUGCGGGAAUAUUUCGUUGUAUUAUGAUUGGUCUUCCUAAUUUCUUCCGAUAGAGGUCCACAAUGGGCUCCCAGUAUGUUUGUAAACUGGGUUUUUUACAAAUUUUCUCGUAGAUUCGAAAUUUGAAGCAUUAUAUUGUUGAGUGAAUCUUUUCAUUUUAUUUUAAGGACAUUUUUUUUAAGAUCACCAGAUAUUUUCCUCAUUUGUACCGGUUUGUACAUAUUUUUUUGAUGACAAAAGGGGUUAGGUUUCGUACCCUUGCGGCCUUAUUGAAAUUUUAGAUUCUAAUAUGAUCAUUUAUAUCGAUAAAAUCUGAAACAUGAAUGAAUGGAUGAAAUAUAAGAUUCUUGAGGUCUUCAAAAUUAUACAAACACCAACAAGAAGUUAUUGAAAAUACAUGACAUGAAAAUCUCAUCAAGUAAUUGUUGGAAAUAAGUUUUAUAACGAUGCAAAAUACAGAGGCAUCAUGUGAGGAGAGUGAACGAGUAAUAAAAAAAUUCAAAACAAGUCGUUCUUCAUUGCCUUCUCUUAUAUCAUAUGAAAAUUUGAAUGAACCAGAAACAUCACAAACUGAAUUUUGUUUGUUUUCAAAACUACUGGAAAUUCACCAUGAAGAAAGUAAAAAGAAUACUGAUGAAAUAAUAAAUGGUUUGAAAUAUAGUUCUUUUCUGUUAGAAAAACUUGUAAUUAAAGAAAGACUGAAUACCCUUAUUCUAAAUCUAUAUCCUGGAAACAAAGGCUUUUCAAUGGCUUUUCGAUCUAUCCCCCGUUCUGAAGUGGGAUCUGAAGACACUGCCAAUAUAAUCGAGACAAUGCAGUGGCCGUAUGAAGAUGAUGAUAUACUCAGGCAUAUAGAUAAUGAAGAGCUUCCGCCUACUCUAGUAGAUGUAUUUGAGAUGCAUUAUAGCCACUUAUUCUACAGUGGGUGUAUUAUUGCUGAAAUCAGAGAUUACAGACAAGCUUACCCCCAUUCUAAUUGUGAUAUUCAUCAUGUUUUGCUUCGACCAACUCUAAAGAGUAUUAUGUCCGAUAUCAACAACAUAGUAGAAACUAACAACUCAGCAUCAGAAGAAAAAGACGAAUGGAGUAUAGAAGAGAGACACAUGCUAGAGAGUCAGAUUCUACUGGCUGAUAAUUCUCAUAUAUGCUUAGACCCGGACAAUACAGUAUGUUCGACUCAAUUAAGGCUGAAUCACAGUAGGAACAUGUGGAACUCCCAUAAGUUCCAUAGGAUGGCUAGAAAAUUCUCUCAAGUUACUGUUAAUAGGAAAAGGAAAUUAGAUCAAUUCACUCAUAGAACAGGAUUAGAAUUAUACGAGUAUCUUAAUAGGGUUAGGACGAAAUCGAAAUCCCCAAACUCUGGAUCCAAGAUAAGGAAAACAGAGAUAAAGGAAAUCAAACCCAUAGCUGUACCUAAUUUGGAUUCUCCAGCUAUCGGUCCUCCUUCUCAAGGUGUUGUCAUCAAUGAGUUCAAGGCCUACCAACCUCCUGUAGAAUCCAAUGACUAUCUACCUCAAAUAGUUGAAGAGUAUGUAUUGGAAACUAAAUUACCCCCUAAGGAUAAGAAUAAGCAGCGUGUAUACCAUAUCAAACUGUCGAUACUGCAAAGACCUUCAAAUUCGGAAUAUUUAGGAGAAUUGUAUCUUGACAGGGAUCAUAAAGAGAACGAAAGGAAUGGAGUAGCAUGUCGCUUCACAUUAGGUACUCGGAUGCAUGUGAAUAAAUAUUUACAACAGUUUUCAGAGACUUUUACCAAGAGUGGUAGGCAAAGUGUUGUGAUGAGACGUGGUGGUCGUAACACGAACUUCAAGAUCUCUUUGGGUCAGUUACAGCAGAAUGCAGCUCAAUCAAGUGCCCAACAGAAACAACAGCAACAAGUUGGUAAUCAACCUCAGCAACAAAAUCAGCAAGUUGGUAAUCUACCAAACCAUAUUAUUAAUGGAAUUGUGUCUGGUGGGGUGAAUAUCGUUCAAAAUCAGGUUCAUACAAGUACCUCAAGUGCUUCUGUGAUGCCGAGUCACUUGCAGUCAAGUUCUACGAGUAAGCCAUCAACUCAAACACUCACUAAUCAACAGUUGGAAAUUAAUGCUCUUGCUAUAAAACUGAUGAAUUUUGGGCAAGAGUUUCAAGCAGCAGCUCAUGCAAAACAACAGGAACAACAACGUCAAUUACAACAGCAGCAACAGCAGAAAGGCUCUACAAAUGCUAACAACACGAUAAUCAACUUACUAAAUAGUGGUCCAGUCAGUAAUAUAAAUAGUGAGGCUAACACAGUUGUGGUGAACACGAUAAACAAUUCCUCCUUACUACCUCAACAAAUACAAACUAGUACUCAACAGAAGCUGUUAACUCCGAGAAAAAUGACUGUAAUGAACUUGCCCUCGAACGCUCGAGUAAUAGGACACGCAGGCAAUUUGGUUGUGAAUAAUAAUCGUUUGGCAGAUUUGAACAGCUCGUUGAGUGGACAGCAAACCAUAACCUUGACAUCGGUUAACAGUAACGAGAGUUUCAGUUAUACUGCUGUUCCUGUUAAGCAACAAGUGAUAAGUCAGAGAUCAGUAUCCACUUCAAAUGAGUCAAAUAAACAAACAGCUUUAUCGGCUCUUUUAGUUGGUACCCCUGCAGCUGAUAGACCAGACAUUGUGAGUUCCAAUAACAGCUCCCUUUUGUUGGAAAAACUAGCCAGUUCGAGUUCAUCGAACUCCUCUCAAGGAACAUCACAAUCCUUCCUUCAGAACCCAAACAAACCCCAGCAGUUCGUCUUGCAGUCCUCUAAGAUAAACACAGUUCAGUCGCCAAUGUCUAGUCCCCAGCAAACGUCCAAUACAAUAAAUGUUCAGAGUUUGAAACUCUCUCAGUUGCAGAGUUUAACAGGUAUACAGAAUCUUCAAGUUCAGUUACCAGGAUUUUCACAACCGAUCUCACUUUCGUCGGGGGGGAACAUACAAGGUCAUCCAACUGGUCUGUUGGUUUCUUUACCAGUGACUUCAUCUUCUGGUACAAGCACCAUCUCUCAGGCAGCUAAUAAUGGAACAGGUGUUGUGAACACUGGACCAACUGUUGUGUUGGCAAACGCAGCUGGCUUGACAAGUCUUGCUCAGUUAGUCAGUGGAAUGAAGAACCUGAAUCAACAAGGUAUCAGGCAGAGUGUGCCAGCGACAGUUUCACUAACACAAGGCCAACAAAUUCAACUAAUAACUUCUCUUCAAGGUCAGAGACUACAGCAAGCAAAUCUGCAACAGAACAUUACAAGAACAAUUCAAAGAACACCUAUAACAAUCAAGAUGGCUUCUACCCCUCCCAACACAAAUUCGAGUCAAAUAACCAUCAAUACGAACACUCUGAAUCAACAGCUUCAAAAGCAAGUGCAGCUGCAACAAUAUCAACAGUUGUGUCUUAAUCAACAGCAAAAUGUUUCCAGUCUAGGAGAGAAAAUCCGAAGAAGAAGUGACACUUCUACUGAUCCUCAAUAACUUGUUUUAUAAUACUCAUCUGGUUCUUAUAAAUUCAUUUUAUCAACAUAACACUGCCUUAUGGUUUUGUGAUGGCAAAACUAUAAAAAAUCAGAUUUCAUGAAGCUAUUCAGCUACUUGAUCUCUAUUCAAACUUCAACUGAUUAAAUAUGUGAAAUAAAUCUAACAUUGACAUCUAAAAGAUAAUUUAAAAAUUCAAUAUUUAUUCACACCAUGCCGAUAACAUUUUUUCAAAAGGUUCAUCCUUUUCAUUUUUGAUAUAUAUGGAAGAUUAGAUCAUUCAAAUUUUCUUUUCAUAGACAAAAGGGGGGCUAUUAAAACAUACUGGAAAAAAUAAUUUGGCAUGAAUAGAAUGCUAAAAUAAAAAAGACAUAUUCGUGUUUAACGUUCCGAUAAAUUUAAAAUUUGUAAACCUUUUUUAUCACAGUUUUUAUACAUCUAUCAUGUGAUAUCAUGUAUAGUUUUAUAUCUGUUAUUUGACACUCCCAAAGUUUAUCAUUCAAAAAUUUGGAUUAUCUGGUCAAAUAAUGUUUAUUUCUCCAUAAGGUUUUAUAAAAUUAUUUUUCAAGUAUUUUUAAAUUUAAUUGUGAAAUAUUAAGAUUUUUUCACGAAACAGUUAAAGAUCCUAAGGUAAUUUCACCAAAUACCAUAUGCAACAAUCCUUAUUAUUAUAUGAAGAUUGAAUUAUUUUCAAAAUUCAAAAAUUUAUAAAUACAAAACAAGGAUUUUUACAUGAAAAAUUUUGGAGUUUAUGAAAGAAUCUCAAGAGGUAAAAUGGAGGUACUUCGAACAUUACCAGAUAAAACAAAAAUAAAAUUUUUGAAUACAUUAUUGUUGUUUAAUAGAUUUACCUUUUUUCAACUUAUGCAUUUCCAAAUCCAAAUUUGUUUUUUGUGUAACUUCUGAAGACUUGCAUUGAUUCGAAAUCGAUAUACUUUCUGCUAUAAUUUAAUAUUAAAUAGGAAUAACAAAAGCAAUGCUUUUUGAGUACAAAGUUCGAACUUAAGCUUGAAAAAUGAAGAAAGAUUUCUGAACUUUGUAUUAUAUCCAUUUCCAGGCAUUAUGCGGAAAUUUUUUUUCGUUUCUCAUUGUAUUUCAUUGAUCAAUGAAAUAUUUCAGUUUUGAAACAGUUCAUAACAGAUCUCAUAAUAUUAUAAAUUGAUAAUUGAAAUGUGAGGAAAAAUUUACAAGAAAAACUAUUAGAUUUGUAAAUAUUAGUUGAAUAUAUACUUAAUUUAUUUUCAUUUUAUUGAACGUCACAACUUUGAUCACAUUGCAUUAAGCUGGUUGGAAUAUAUUCUAUUUUAGAUAAUUGAUUAUGUAUAUUUUCCAUUUAACUUAUAUCAGAAUAGAUUUCAUAUUAUUUUUUCAGUGUGUCUUGUAUAUAUUGUAAAUUUUUUUUGAAAUAACCUUAUGAUGAAGAUUUUCAUUUUUUUUUUGUACUUUUGGGGGCAUGGUUUAUGAUAAAAACAAUUUUUUUUUAUUGUUGAUUUUAUUAAUAUUCGUAUUCCUUAUUAGAAUUCAAAGGACAAAUUUUUCAAUUUUGGAAUCAGCAUAUGGAAAAAUUUGGAAAAUGAAUUGUCUUGUAUGAAUUGUGAAAACAUAUGAUAUAUUUAGAAAGCACUGUAUUUAAAAUUUGACAAGGGGUUAGUUUUCAGUGAAAAAUUUUGAAUUUUCAGCAAGUUUUUGGCCUAAUAAAUCUCAUCAAGUUAUGAAAAAGAUAUUGUUCAAUACUCCUGAUAUUAAAAAUAAUUUUUAACAAUUGUAAUCUGACAUUUCAAGGUACAAAAAGUUCAACAACUGAAUAACAUGUUUGUAAAUACUACGAAUUUCUUCACUAUCACAUUUGUAUUUAAUGUUUGGAAUGAAUAUUGUACAUGGUAUCUUGUAUUAUAAACAAUAAAAUGAUAGCGAAAAUGAAUUGUAAUAUAGGUGGGGUAUUGUAGUAUUUUGUAAUAAUGUAAACAAUUAAAAAAUGUUGAGUAUUAUGAUUUUGUAAAUAAGUUAACAUGUUAUCAAAUAUUUGCAAUACGUAAAGCCAAUCAGUUUCCUACAAUAAAUUAGCCAUAAUUUGAAUUUUCCGAAGAUAAAAUACAUUUGUGGCUCCCAAAAAUAACACUAAGAUCUUUAUAAUGAAGAAUUAUUUAAUUUUUAAAUAUAAUAAGUUUCUAAA